AUGUCUACCUCUGUCAAUCAAAGCGAAUAUGAGAAGGUGAAGUCCCUUGUGCUAACUACCAUCAGUAAUAUAAGCAUUGGUCCAACUGCUACUAACGUAGCUUUCAUGGUUUUCUCGGGAAGAGCCGAAGUCGUUUUCCACUUGAAUACUUACAUUGAAAACAAGACAAGUGUCAUGGAAGCCAUUGGUUCUCAAGCACACACAGGUGGGAGCACAUUUCUCGGGGAUGCUAUCAAACUUGCAACAUCUGACGUCUUCACAGAAACCAAUGGCGAUCGCCCUGACGCCGAAAACGUGGUACUUCUUUUCACUGACGGGGAAAGCAGCGCUGAUGAAGAUGUAAGAAGUAGCAUAGAUGAGUUGAAAUCUAAGGCUGAAGUGUUUGUGGUGACUGUGACUGCAGAAGUGGACAACUCCACCGUCGACUUCGUAGCUUCUUCACCAUCUCUGAAUCACGUGUUCCGCAUUGAUGCUCCGGAAACGGCGAACAUCGUGAGGAACGUCACCACCAGCGAGACAUGCGCAACGAUACCUCCUGUCGCCAAUACCGCUGACUAA